UCAGCUCAAUUUCUGAGAUAUAGGUGCUGCAAUCUCAAAUUAGAAAAUUUAUUUGAAUAAAUAAGCUAUAGCGGAAAUCACAUAUGCUGAGAAAUAUGAAGAAAAACUUCUUCGAAUAUUUGUAGCAGACUAUUUUGCAAAAAAUUAGUGUAUUCUACUUUGGUAUUCAUGAUGUAAAGGAAAAAUAAUAUUAUUGCGCAUAUCCGUCUCGCACGUACCGGGUCCGCGAAAUGAACCAACACAGGAUUGGAGGAAAAAAAAACUCCGCUUUACUUCCAAUAUAUACAGACUCACGAAAAUCCUCUUGUCUUAACAAUAUUAAAAAGAAACGUCUAAGUCACGUCUACUCGCGGUGACGGCUCAUGACAAACUCUGCUGCUAUUGUUUUUCAACAAACUCCCGUCGUCCAGACAAACAUCCUUCAACUGUCAAAAUCCAUAUGCCUAAGGCUCGCGGACAACGGACGUUUCCAUACUCCUUGUGGCUCGUGCACAACAAUAUCUUAUCUGAUUUCACUUAUACAAAUAUUAACAAUACAUCCAAAUCAAUAUCAAAAUCAAAUAAUUUUUCGUUUAAUAUUCAGAAAUUAUCAAAAUUGGCAAGUGUCUUUUUCAAAAACAAAUAAUAAAUAUGUUGUAUUAGCAUUCUUAAUCCGCUUAUCGCGAUAUAUCUUCUUUCUCCUUGUUCCCGUAGUUCCCGGAAGGCUAUAUUUAAAAAACCAAGCAUUUGCACGCAUACGUUUACUAAGGCUAUUUUACUUAUUUUUCAACAAAGACACUGUCCUGUGAAUAAAUCGUUAGAGUUUAGAUACAUCUUAUGUAUAAAAUCAUAUUUCUAACUAAAAAGCGAACUACGUAUGAAAAUUUAUUUUGGCAGAUUUUAAACGGGCAAUUGGUCUAAAUAGAAUAAUGUUGAAAAUUAUUGGUUUGUGGCCGCCAGACAAUCGAGACCAUCGUAAGAUAACGAAAUCUAGAUUUCGAUUAGUGUAUAACUUAACUACGAUGUUUUUCAUUCUAACGAUACCAGCUUUCGCAGCACUUAUAAGAGUAUGGGGUGACAUGAUUCUGAUGGUAGAUAAUUUGAUAUACAGUUUACCUAUGACGAUUUCUGUAUUCAAAGUUUGCAUUAUUUGGUACAAACAAAAAGCUUUGGUGUCUCUAAUUGAUAUGAUCGCGAGAGACUGGAUGAAACCAAAGCUGAAAGAGGAGCGGGACGUCAUGAUGAAACUUGCAAAGAUUAGUCGCAUCAUUGUCAUAUGCGGUUGGCUUAUGGUAAUCUUGCCAACAAUCAUUAGUUUGGUUUGCUCAUGUUUUGGAGUGACAACCAGAUACAUAACUAAUCUGACCGAUCCUGGAAAACCCUUGGCAUUACAAACAUACUACUUGCACGACGUCUCAAAAAGUCCGCAGUUUGAGUUGACGCUUCUGGCACAAGGAAUCACUAUGUUCACAACGGGUCUCUCUUAUUCGGCGGUCGACCAAUUCCUUGCGCUGCUAGUCUUGCAUGUAUGCGGCCAAAUAGAGAACCUGCAUUUGCGAUUAAUACAUAUGGGUCGUUAUACUAAUUUUGAUGCAAUUUUGAAAUAUAACGUCCAGGAUCAUGUCCGUUUAAUCAGAUCCAUUGGAAUCAUUGAUGAUUCAUUCGACUUAUUGCUACUUGUCGUGAUUGUAUAUUUUGGUAUAACAUUCUGCCUACAAGGGUUUCUCAUAGUUAACGUUCUUAAUAAAGAGGGUAAAUUAUCAAUUAUACAAUUAGUUUGGUUUAUCGCAGUGACUGUAUGCAUUCUAUUACACGUGUAUCUUUACUGUGCCGUUGGCGAAGCUCUCGCGACGCAAUAUGAAAAAAUUCAUCGUGCCACAUACGAAUACGCGUGGUACACUUUAGAUCCAAAAACAGCUAGGAAUUUGAUUUUAAUAAUGCUGCGUGCAAACAAACCACUCUACAUCACAGCUGGAAAAACAUUUCCCAUGACGAUGGCAACGUUUUGCAAUUUGUUGAAAACAUCAGCAGGUUAUAUAUCUGUCUUACUAGCCAAUCAAGACUAACAGCGAUAUUAUGAACUCUGAAGCCAAAGUUAAACAAUUAUAUAGUAGGAGUAAUUAAUAAUAACAAUUGAUAUCUUAACAAUUGAAUUAUUCACACAUACACACGUACACACACACGCGCUCUUUUAUUAUAAAACAUACACGUCAUAAAUCCAACCAUAUGAAUAAAAAUUAGUACAACGUAACGUUUAUUUGGAUAUAAAUAUUAGGUGAGUGCAAUAUACAUAGUUUGGAUGGAUUUCAUACUAAAAAAGUGGACUAAAUAUCACAAUAACAAUUUCUAUGAAGGCAAAUAUAAGUAAUAAGGUAUGUCUAUUGAAAAGCUUACAGAUUAGGAAAUAUUUUAUAUUGAAAAUACGAUAAGCACAAUUGUCAAAGUCGUGUAAGGAAUUAAAAUUAAAAAAU